UUACUUGAUUUUUUAAUUCUUUCAAGAUUCUGUUUAGUCUAAGCCAGGUUGUUGUCUCCCUCGCACCCCCUUGUCCUCAGGACAAGACUCGUGUGUGAUUUUAUGAGACUGCACCCUGCAAAUCUCCAGAGUGGGCUCACUUGGAGCCAGCAGCGCGCAGUAAAUAAAGACACCGGCUGCUCCAGCCUGCUGCAGGAAAAAGGACAGGAGUAAAUAAAUAGAUGGAUGUGCCAGCAGCGCUGUGCUGGCAGGCGUCGUCCAAAGAGGCGAAGCUCAGAAUUUACCCUGCUCUGGUAUCCUCAGCUACACAGAACAGGCCAGAACAGAGCAGGGACAAUGCUCUCAGCACCCCUGGGGCACCACAGGCUCUGAAAUCAAGCUCACGCGAAGAGCAGUGAGCUUUGAGGAGGUGCCGCCCGCGUGGGGAAAGAAGACUGAUUAUAAAAGCACAGAGAAGAGUGAUGUGGGGAAAAAGCCGUGGUGUUCACGCUGUGGUAAAAGUGUUGUGUGGUGGGGCUCGAAGCGCUCGCUGCUGAGUGCUGACUGCACACGGGCUCGCACUCGCACGCGAGCGUGCAAAAGACACCAACACACACCAGGACGUUUCUACAGAGUGCUUUCUUUCAUCUAUUUUUGCUAUGCCUUGUUUGUAUCGUAUUUAAAUUAGCGACCUUACCGAGAAAGAAAUUAUUUAUUCAACGUAUGCAUUAGUUUUUGCCUCCUGAAAGUCCAGCCCUGGUCUGAAGCCUGUUGCGUUGUGCCAGUGGAGUUCCGCAGCGCUGGGAGCGCACGCAGCCAGUUAGACAGACGAGUGACAAAAGCACCCAAAAUGCAGUGACGCCUGUCCCGGCCGAGAGCGGCCAGAGGCAGGGGAGUGAAGGAUCCACCCCUCAGCCCGCUCUGCUUCCAGGGAUUGCGGCUGCUGUCCACGGCAGCCCCCAGCAGAAGCUGUAGCUUGGGGAAGUGGCUUCCCUUGGAAGGAGGACGGGGUUCUGAGCAGCUGGCAGCGGGAUUUUCCCAAGCACAAGCUUUCCCACGUAGCAAUCCUUCCGGAAAUCCUGGAAAAGCAGUCCCUAGCAGAGCUGCGGGCCCUCAGGAGCAGCCCCGGGCUGGCUCUGGGCUGGUGGGACUUCACCCGCUCUGCAGCCAUUGUUUCCUGUUGGCAGCAGGUAACCUGUUCCGUUUAAGUCCAUUUCACUCUCUUUCAUCUUCUCCAGAAUUAUUUCUUUUUGAUACAUAGAAUUUUAAGAUGCAUAGAUUGAUGUUCAGUUUUCCUUCAGGUACAAUUAAUCCUUGGACUAAUUACAACCACUAAUCUUGCUGGCUAGUAAGGAACCAGUUUCCUUUUUCAUAUUCUACUUAACAUGAUUUUUUUUCUGUUGGCUGCUUUAUUCAAAAUAAUAACCUAACCUUACUGGUCUUUAUCUGUACAGAAAAUUCUCUUAGGCAGUGUGCAAAGGGAAACAGGUGCCACCGGGAUGCAUUUUGUCAUGUUACACAGUGUAAGUUACAAAAAUACGUCACCUAAAGGACCACCUUUAGACUGUGGCUUGUCACACAGCCCCCGUGACUUGCCCUCCAAAUGAUUUUAUAAAAGACUGUCUUCCACGUCUCCCUGGGGUGUGCAGAACCCCUCUGAGAGGAUCAGGAACUUUGCUGAGGUCAGUCUUUCCCGGGAUUUGUCCAAUCCUUGCUCCUUAAAAUCAGCAGGAGCAGGGCUAAGCCUCUUGGCAGCAACCUGUACGGGUGUAAAGGUAUCUAGCGAAGCACAGCCUUUCUUCAUAAAAUACCUGUGGGUUUGUUCAGAUGUUGCACAGGUUUGUGUGUUCCUGAAGCCUCUGCCCAGGCAGGAGGAGACGAUUGAAAAGUUGUGUCUGAUGCAUUUUGAACGCCCCGGUGUGAGCGUGGCACGAGUUCUCGGUGACGUUUGCGGACGGCGGUGCAUCCUGAUCCGUCGUGUUCUUUUCCCAAGCUUCAAACCAAGUGACACUUCACCUGCAGAGUGGUGUGUGCCUGUGGUCGGCGUGUCUUCCUCUCGUACUGUUGUUUCCAGCACGCUGUUUUACGGGGAUAAAGUAACUCUGUCACACUCCUCCCGCGUAGCACCCGCCAAGACGGACGAUACACCUUUCAGUUUCCCGGUAGCAGCCCUCCGCGGCGACUGUUCCUGUGGGAGAGUGGGGAUCACUGUUGUACAGCUCCCACCCAGGUUUCAGUCCGGCUGACUGCCCGGCUGGUGCGGUGUGCUGGGGCAGAGCUGUCCCACUGCCAGCGCUGCCUGCGGGACAAACCGCUGUCCUUCCGCGUGGGGAUGGCAGGACUGACCUUGGGGAUGGCAUGGGGAUGGCAGGACUCACCCAUGGGGAUGGCAGGACUCGCUGUGGGGAUGGCAGGACUCACCCAUGGGGAUGGCAGGACUCACCGUGGGGAUGGCAGGACUGACCAUGGGGAUGGCAUGGGGAUGGCAGGACUCACCCUGGGGAUGGCAGGACUCACCGUGGGGAUGGCAGGACUCACCUUGGGGAUGGCAGGACUCACUGUGGGGAUGGCAGGACUCGCUGUGGGGAUGGCAGGACUCACCCUGGGGAUGGCAGGACUCACCGUGGGGAUGGCAGGAGUCACUGUGGGGAUGGCAGGACUCACCCUGGGGAUGGCAGGACUCACCCUGGGGAUGGCAGGACUGACCUUGGGGAUGGCAGGACUCACCCAUUGGGAUGGCAGGACUCACUGUGGGGAUGGCAGGACUCACCGUGGGGAUGGCAGGACUGACCCUGGGGAUGGCAGGACUGACCCUGGGGAUGGCAGGACUGACUGUGGGGAUGGCAGGACUCGCCGUGGGGAUGGCAGGACUCACUGUGGGGAUGGCAGGACUCACUGUGGGGAUGGCAGGACUCACUGUGGGGAUGGCAGGACUGACCCUGGGGAUGGCAGGACUGACUGUGGGGAUGGCAGGACUCACCUUGGGGAUGGCAGGACUCACUGUGGGGAUGGCAGGACUGACCCUGGGGAUGGCAGGACUCACUGUGGGGAUGGCAGGACUCACCCUGGGGAUGGCAGGACUCACCGUGGGGAUGGCAGGACUCACCCAUUGGGAUGGAGGACUCACCCUGGGGAUGGCAGGACUCACUGUGGGGAUGGCAGGACUGACCGUGGGGAUGGCAGGACUCGCCCUGGGGAUGGCAGGACUCACCUGGGGGAUGGCAGGACUCACCCUGGGGAUGGCAGGACUCGCCCCAGCACCAUGGGUUGUGCCUCCAGCUGGGCACGGAGCUUCUGUCACCACCCCGCGCCGCCUGCUCCUGCUCCCCACGCUCCACCUCUCCAGCCAGAUCCUUCCUAACGGGAAUAAAAAUACUCCCAGCACUAACGAUGGCGGCUUCGUCAACAAAACAGCAAAGCAGUUGUUUAUACCUUAAAUAUACCUGACCUUAUGCAAACCGAUGUGAGCCUGCCGCGGCGCCUGUGAGAGCAGCUCCAGCCUGAUGUGUGCGGGGUUGGCUGUGCCUGGGAGGGUCACUGCUCGGCUGAAACUAAAGCUGUAUGUAAAAUGUGAAGUGGUUGGGGUUUCUUCCUACUUUAUAACGUUGUAACUCUAUUGAAAUGUGUGUUCUAGUCUUCUAUUUUCUUAGUAAAAUGCAUUCCCUUUGCCUAA